CAAUCACCUAAAUUAGUCCUAAACAAUUGUGCUUAUUUUUUCUGCGUAGUAAGGGAGAAGCUGGAAGCUUGAUUCGCAGAAGAUAGGAAUCGAAAAUGAAAAACGAAGCGAGUAGUAGCAAUAACAGAGAGGAAACCGUGGUCGUCGAUUGCGGCCGCAGUCGAAGCUCCUGUGGUUAUUGCAAAUCCUCUGGUCGUACCAGUAUCUCUCACGGUUUAUGGGCGAAUAGCAUCACAGUAAAUGAUUAUCAAGAUCUUCUUGACCGUGGUUGGAGGAGAUCCGGCUGUUUUCUUUACAAACCUGACAUGGAAAGGACAUGCUGCCCAUCUUAUACUAUUCGUUUGAAGGCCAGUGAUUUUGUUCCUUCUAAAGAUCAACUUCGAGUUUAUAGACGACUGAAUAGGUUUCUAGAUGGAACACUUGAGGUGAGAAAUCCAAUUGAACAUGGAUACAAUACCAAUACUUCUAAGAAUACAGGCAGCCUGUCCAAUCAUAAGGUCUCAAGCUCAGCAGGAAAUGUAUCAUUUUUACGCAGCAACAAACAGGAAAAUAAGGCAGAAGAGGUUAUAUAUAAUUUAUCUGACCAAAUAGACAAAGUGUUGCAUUAUACAUAUAUUGGAAGUGGGGAACUUCCUUCCGGAAUUCAAUUGCCAAAAGCCACAGUCAAAAAGGUUUCAAAUGCCAAAAGGAAGUUAUCAGUUGAAGGAUCAGAAGAUCUUUUAUACUCCAGCAACAUUGCCUUCCAAAUAGCCGCUACAUUGAGGCGGGCACAAUCAGCUGAGGACACCCAACAAUUGCCAAUGUCUAGAAAGAACGCAGAAGAAAAUGAUCUAAGCCCAAAAUCUUUUGCGGAGAAGUUGACAUGUUCUUUAAAGCAGCUUGCAAACAUUUAUGGCUUUUCCAUUAAGGCUUGCAACGGGCAUAUUAAUUUUUAUUCUACUGCAAAAAAUGCAUCUCCAGAUGCAGAGGUUCAAAAUGUUACUCUGCAUAAAGAACUAGGGAGUGGAAGUAAAAGCUCCGGUGCAAACAAAAGCUCUGAACAUCAUCAAGUGCAAAAAAAGAAGCUUGAGAUCCGUUUGAAAAGGUCCAGUUUCGAUCCGGAAGAGUAUGCAUUGUAUAGACGAUAUCAAAUGAAAGUACAUAACGAUACACCAGAUCAUGUCACAGAAAGCUCAUAUAGGAGGUUUCUUGUUGACACUCCCUUAUUAUUUGUUUCACCAUCUGCUGAUGGCAUGGUUCCUCCAUGUGGCUUUGGCUCUUUCCAUCAGCAAUACAUUAUUGAUGGCAAGCUAGUUGCUGUUGGAGUGAUAGACAUCCUUCCUGGAUGCUUGUCAAGCAAGUAUUUAUUCUGGGAUCCUGAUUACGCAUUUUUAUCAUUGGGUAAAUAUUCAGCUCUGCAAGAAAUUGAUUGGGUGAAAGAGAACCAAAUCUACAGUGCUGGUCUUCAGUGUUAUUAUAUGGGCUAUUACAUUCACUCCUGCAGCAAGAUGCGAUAUAAAGCAACAUACUACCCAUCCGAGCUUCUUUGCCCUCUUCGUUAUCAGUGGGUUUCAUUUCAUACGGCGAGGCCAUUGCUUGAUAAAAAGAAAUAUGUCAUCCUAUCCAAUUUUGCCAGUUUACAAGACGUGGAGUCCUCCAAACCUUGUGUUCCUCCUGAAAGUGACAUGGAAUUGCAGCACAAUGUAAUCGGACUAGAAGACACAAAUGAUGUUCCUAUGGAUGAUGAAGAGAUGGCUGAGAUCGAAUCCGAGAGCUCUGAUGAUGAGUUGGAGACUGAUACAAGUGGCUUAGCAUCUGCCGAAAUAGAUGAUGGCGACUUGAGCAAUGUUUUAGUCGGACUGAGGGGAUCUCGACUAAGAUACAAGGAGCUCCAACGAGCAUUUGGCCCCUCCGAAAUGAACUACCUGGAAACACAAUUGCGCAGCUACCAGAGAGUGGUGGGCGUAGGGCUGUCCGAACGUAUGGUUUAUUCACUUGGCUAAAUUUAUUCGGUUCAUAUGAUUUCGAAAUCCAGUUCCCGAUCAAUGCACCUUCCGAGUCCUUUGAAGCUUUCCGGCUGCCUCGACGGAGAUCUGUUAUGAUCUUAAUCUCAACCUUUCAGGCUCAUCAAUCGGAACAAUGGUACUGUGAGAUAUUUGGUGGUCUUGGAAUCGAAAUCAGUUGAGUUUCUUCGAUUCUGAUUUUUGAA